CCAAGUUACUACCUAUCACCCUCAAAACAGCACACCCCAAAGCCAUGAUCAACCUUGCCCUCGACAACCACCCGCGCCUCAAGCUACGCCUGCACAUUAUAAUCGGCUGUCUAAUCACCCUAACCUUCAUCCUGAUCAUCGCCCGGGUCGCCGACAAAGGCACCCCGCCGACGCGGACUAAUACCUGGGGCAUCGCAGUAUGCCUAAAAGCCGCCCUCUUCCUAGCCUACCAAACCCUCACCACCUACCACGAGCGCUUCAAACGAUGGGCCAGCCCCCGCGCCAACAUGAUCCUGGACAUCAUCGACACGAUCUUCUGGUUUGCCUUGUUCAUUAUCAGCAUCAUGGGCGCGAGUGGGGGGCAUAGUACGAGCAGUAAGGCGCUGGGUGGGGUGGUGGCCGUGCUGGCGCUGGGAUUGUGGUGAGUCUUUUAGAAUUCUUCUCCUGGUGGUGGGCGGGGUGACUUAUCAGGACGGUACAGUGGGGUGGUUGGAUUGUUGGCCUUUGUGUGUGUGCAGGAUUGGAGGUAUUUCAAGGUGCAUGGGGUUGUGCCGGGGGUGGUGAAGUCGCCUUGUUGAGGAGGGGGGGAGGGGGGUGAAACUACGACGAGAAUGUAGGGUAUGAGAUGCGGAAAUGAUUGAAGAUUGGAACGCCCC